GGUACCUACAUCAUGUCAGGAAAGGAGCUUAUUUGGAACGGAAGAAACGACAUCAAAGAAAAGGUCGCUUAUGGGUGCGCAAUUGGAUUUCCCAGAGACCAAUGAUAGGUGCUUCAUAUUCUCUUUCAAAAGAACUUUCAAUGGAAGACCCCCAAAGCUUUCGAAAUCAUUUAAGUAUGACAGAAGAAGGAUUUAAUUUUCUUUUACAACGUGUCACACCACUAAUUGAGAAAAAAGACACCCAUAUGAGAGAUGCUUUCUGUGCUAGACUUGAACUUCAAAUCACUCUAAGGUAUUUAGCCAAUGGUGACUCCUUUGCUUCCUUGCAAUAUUUAUAUCGUGUCCCAAAAUGUACCACAUCGAAGUUUCUGCCAGACGUCUGUGAAGCUAUUAAUAUUUCUUUGGAAGAAAAUAUUAAGGUGAAUUAUUUUUUUUAAAGUGUAUAUUACUGU